GCUCAAAUAAUUUCAAAUAUUUCUAUUUGUACAGAAAGAUGAAAAAAUCACCGAAGGCAAGGUAACCGUAACUUCAGUAGAAUCGUGUAUCCAAGAUGAAGGUGCCUUCGUCUAACUCUAAGGGGCACCUCACCUCCAUUCUAUUUGUCGUCGUCGACGUCAUUGAAAUUUUGAGAGUGAAAAAGUGUAGUUCUUUUGAAUGCGGAUGAGGAUAUUGUCGCGAUCGAGGGACGAGCACGCUCGUGUCAGUGAAAUGGGAGGUGUCGUCGUAAAUGAGCUGCGUAAAAACUCGUUUACGUUCGCUUUCUUGAGUCUCAGUUGAGGUCGAGCUUAUUCGUCUUGUUUGCCGCAUAAUUAAAGGUUUAUUUUGCAAAUCGAGAACCUCUCUAGCGACAGAAAAAUAGGCGCUGACAUCGAGGACAAAGUAGGAAACCAAAAGGACUAGAAAAUUAUAUCAGCCCGAGGAGGCGGCGCUGUGAGUGCGGGCGCUGUUCUUGUCUGUGGCUAGGCUGAGAAACACGCACUCCAAGGAUAAGUAACAAGGCGACUCUUCCGGUUCCGGUGGAACCAGCGAAACGACAGAAGUGAUAAACCUCCACUACAGCCACUCAAGAUGUCGCAUCAAAGCUACCAGCGAAAAUGGGCGGAGGCCAUGCAGGAGCUCAUGGAGCAAGUGCAGAUAGAGUACCUGCCCGUCGAGUCAGCAGAUUUUCAGGUAUAUUUGACUUUGUCAUGUCAGUACACGCAAGGCAGCGGUUGUUUGUGAUGUGAUGUUUCCCAUUCCUUUCCCUUUGUCAUGUAUCAAGCACAAAAGCAAAACUCAAACACUUCUACAGGUCGACUUCAAGCACUUCGCCCUCUUGUACAUAAAGUACCUCCAGAUCUACAAGAAGCUCGAGGACUGCUACGACCAAAUCAUCCACCCGCAGAAGAGGCGGAGUAUCAAGGAGGUUUUGGAGACGGUCAUCGUGAGGCUACUCGAGGUGAAGCAGCAAUUAGUGCACUUCAACCCGCGGCCGCAGAACCGGUUUGUCGCGCUCGACGAAGCGCUCACGAACUUCAAACUGAACCCGGAAAUAGUGGACUGGCACAUACCAAGGUAUAUGCGGGAUGACCGGGAUCGGGCAGACGAAAUUGAGGUAAGUAUAACGUAUAAUGUUUUAUUGUAGCAACAACUACAGCUCCGGAUUCGAGGGCUGCAACACUACUUUGAAAUGCGGUUACGCUCUGCGAAUAUGUUGUGUGAAUGCAAAAAAUUUCCCAUCCACAGGUUAAAUCCGAGCGUCUGGACCACUGGCUGAAAGCGUUCGGUAUGUCCACCAUAGCGGAGGAUCUGUGCGACAAGAAGGAUCCCUUUCAGGUCGACCUGACCGUCGAGCACGCGAUUCGGCUGCUGCAGAAAAACGAGCGCGGGAGAAUAGGAAUCCAGCGCGCGAUGAUGAUCGCGAACUUUAGGAAAGAAUCGAUGAAAAAGGAAAAAAAGGGGCCCGGGCAAGAGGAAAUGAGUGAAAAGGUACAUGAUAGUACAUAGGCGCUGUAAUCGGAUUUUUGGUUGCCGCGAUGGAAGAUAUACGCUUCGUGCAGCACCAUCUCGUGUGGCUGUAUUUUUUUCUUGUGUUGCUUGGAAAAGAGAAACCUUGAAAACCAACAAUCCCUAUCCCAGGUCCUCCUCGAGAAGCAAGCCAUGUGCGCAAGUUUAAUCGCGGCGCAUUGGAGGAGAAAACUGGUCCAGCGAAAAUUCCAGCGCAUGAAGCAAGAGGAAUUCGUCUUCCUUGGUAAAUGAAAAUCUUUCAGUUCUUCGAUUCUCAUGGACGCCUGGGCAUGGCAUCAAAAGCGCUUCGCUUCUGCGUGACUUUUUCGCAUGUUGACUAAAACCGUCACAAAUAAUGUUAUCAGGUAUGGUCCUCCCGACCGACGCUAGUCAGACCACCGGAGUCGACCACCGAGCUAUCGCAGAGGAAGUUAGGCAGAAGAGAAAAAGAAGACAAGUUGAUGCGGAUAGCGAUUACGAUAAUGCGCUGCUGGACGAACUGGAGUGGGUGAAGAAAAAGAAGGUAUGGAACUUGCUUGUACAUUUUUAAGAAUGCUAGUAGGCGUGCAUGAAAAGAAAGUCAUAGGUGGCUGUUUUCAAGCAUAAUAUGAACUACAACUACAUUCCAUGCAACACGACACCACAGGGGCCCGACAUUCGCGCCGACUUGUUAGAGGAGAGACGGCAAUUCCUAGUGGAAGCCCGAAAGAAGAAGGGCACUUUUCCCGCCUCCAUAGACGAAUUUUACAAGCGGUUCGACGCGUUAGAGAAGGACGACGCCGCCGCACCAGCGGACGACGGAAAGGGGAAAAAAGACGACAAGAAAAAAGACGAUAAGAAAAAGGACGACAAAAAGGACAAGAAAAAGAAGGGCGAUAAGGCAGAACCGGAAGAGAGUAUAGUAGACACGUAGUUCUUUAUGGAUAUUUCGUCGUGGUCGUUUGCAUAUGACCGGGUAUUAGCUGAGAAUGCUUCAUGUUGUGUUGGUUGCCACAUGUAGUCGAACAUCAUCCGAUUUCAAUUCACCUAAAACAGCCGAGGAGCACCAGGCCGGUCCUACCGCGAUAGUCCAGUCUUUCGUCGAUUUGAUCAACGAUUACUCGGAAGUGUGGGAAGACCGAGAAGAGUCCCACAACUUCGACCAGAAGCACGACGCGGAGCUCACGCGAAAACUGGUGUUCCCCAUGGUGGAAGCGAGGUUGCGAGAGCAGGUCGACGCGCAAAUGCAGGAGGAGCUGAUGAAUUUGAAGUCGAUGUACGAUAAGGCAAAAAAGAAAAAAGAGAAAAAAAAAAAGGGGAAAAAGGGAAAAAAGGACAAGGGAAAAAAAGCAAAGAAGUGGUGCGUCGCGGUCGGAAUGAUCUCAAACGUGCAGGACUGCUUUCCCGAUCUAGUGGAGCAAGGUAUAAAGAAGUAUUUAAGUAGAUCUAUUUCUGCGGUUAGUUACGCACCACCACGAAUGCGUUUGCAAUUGCAUCCCAUUGCGAACAUCUUCUACUCGGCCCGUUGCACGAGUCCAAAACAUUUUUAAAUCAAAACAGAAAUGAUCAAGAAGAUCGAGCCGUGCAGACUAGACGACAUAGUCGGGGACUUCCACUACCUGGGCGCGUACCAGAGGACACAGGAGACCUACUGUCCGCCGCCAUCAAUACAGAUGGUGAAGUCGUUAGUAGUGGAGCACUGCAUCUUACCCUUGUCCUCCCUUUCCAUACGACAGAAGAUCCCCUACGCAGCCAGAUCAAUACUCUUCUACGGCCCAAAGGGAAGCGGGAAGACCAUGGUACAGCUCAGACAGACUGGCGCGUUCUAUUUCUGCAUCAGAAAAAUGUUUCAUUUGUUUUUGUUUUUGGAUUUAUUAUGCAGAAAUUUUCGUUCAUCAAGUUCAAGUUGGGGAAGUGUUGCAGCGAAUCAACACCCGAAUCGAACUCACUUUCCAGUUCGCCCGCGCCAUCGCGUCCGAGAUCGGCGCAACCUUCUUUGACAUCUCGCCGUCGGUGAUAGAAGGGAAGUACACCAUGGCCAAGACCGGAGCAGCGCUGCUCAUCUACAAGGUUUUCCUCGUCGCCCAAGACUGCGCGCCCUCGGUCAUCUACAUCGACCAAAUUGACCAGAUAUUUCAAGCGAAGAAGAAAAAGAAAGGUGGAGACCCGGAUGCGCCAGACAGGAUAAAGAAAGACUUGGUGUCGGCAAUAAAACAGGUACUAACCUAGCUGCAGAUCUUUAUGUGGAAUUACUAGGAGCGAGUGAACUGUGACUGUGUAGUACGUAGUUUUUUUGAGGUUCAGCCUAAGCGUAUGAAAUUUUUUUUGUCAUGCUUCUUUUCGCCACAGCCCAAACUUGUGACGCCUUCUCUCGCAUAUCACGGCCAAACUCUUAUCAGAUCAAAACCGGAGCCGAUUCCACGAACGGAGACCGUGUGCUCUUCGUGGGCUGCACCUCCAAACCGCACGGCGAGGGCGUGGAUCUCAAGGGUUUGAAGGACAUCUUUGACGAGUUCGUCUACCUCUCCUUCCCCGACUACGGGUCAUCCCUGAGGCUGUGGAGGCACUUCAUCGAGAGGAAGGGAGUCACAGUCGAUCCGAUCAAAUUCAAUUUGAGCAACUUGGCGAAGGUAUGAUUUUCUUAGAUAGUCGUCGCGAUGAUCGUGUUUUCGUCAUGCAGAAAACCCGUUCUCUUUCUCUUGCUGUGUAGUCUAGUGCGAGGCAUAUUUCCCUCUAGCUUUAUUUACGGGAGAUGACGAUAAGCAAUAGCUGCGUUCGUCCGAAAAAAUAAACAAAACGAAAAACUCUAUCAGGUUUCCGUCGGCUACACGGCCGGUUCCAUAAAGCAGUCCGUCGACCGUGUGCUGACCAACAGGAGGGUCCAGCAACUUUCGCUGCGACAAUUGCAACUGCAGGAGUUCCUCGGCCCCCUUUCCCGCACACAGUACACGUGGCCCGAGGAGUGGCACGCGGUCAGGGAAUUCGACCAUGUCAUCACGGACGAAAAGGACCGCAGGGAAAAGGCGCUCGCGGCACUGGCUGCGCAGUGAGGGGUGAAGAUGUGGUGCUAGUCGUGGACUAGGAUCGACGCUGGGCUUCGGCGUGGUUGUCUUUCCAAAAAAUUUCAAAUGUACCCUUAUGCAAGUAUGAAACCAUCUUAACCUUAAGCAAAUACAAAUUAAAGGCAAAUUUCAUUGCCACCGAAGUUCUUGUAGAACUUGUUCUCAUCUCUUGUCACUUUACUUUUCAGAAAAAUCAAACAGACACUGCAAUUAUCGCUCGAUGCUUGCAGGACAACUAAGACAAAACUAAGACAUUUAAGCGUAUGUGCAUCCAUAUUGAUGCAUGAAUGUUGCAGAAGCGUAUGUGAAUAUUAAUAGGACUUGUGUAACUAAGAAUACAGAAAAUCAGCAGAAGCGUAUGUGAAUAUUGACGACUCUUAGCGAAAUACUUUCAGAUCGAUUUGUUACGUUCACUCUUACUUGAUUUUUGCGCGCAGAGAGGUAGAGGAACUGCUUUAGCAGCGAGCGACCGCGACCCCCGCGGUGAAGGACGACAGAUUAUGUGGAGUUUCUGUUGCAUCGUGCCAAGUGGGCCAUAGCGAAUCGGUUGUUGAAGAUGCUCAGGUCGUUUAUCUGGACGACUGUUGCUGAUCCGCUGUGGCUGCGAAGCGCGUGUCAGCUUGAAAUUUGACCUCUGCACAGUUUUGUACAGUAAAAAUGUCGCAAGUUGUUUGGCCCAAUGUUGAUCGAACACGAACACGAAGAAGGCACUUAAACGAAUCCGCCAGCCACGCGAGCCGG